GAAGGGUUUUAGGGCUAGUAGUCAAGAAGCCGAAUACGCUUCUGAAACCUUCUAGGGUCUCUCUCUCUCUCUCUCUCCAUCAAUUGUUAUCGCCGGCGAUCUGGUAUCAGAAGCACCAGAAAAAGGAGAAGUGGUGGUGGUGGAGAAAUGGCGUUAGCGUUCGAUGAGUUUGGAAGGCCGUUCAUUAUAUUAAAGGAGCAGGAGCAGAAGACGAGGCUGCGAGGUCUCGAUGCUCAGAAAGCCAACAUCUCCGCGGGAAAAGCCGUGGCUCGCAUCCUUCGGACCUCCCUUGGCCCCAAGGGCAUGGACAAGAUGCUUCAGAGCCCCGACGGCGACGUCACCAUCACAAAUGAUGGUGCAACAAUAUUGGAGCAGAUGGAUGUUGACAACCAAAUUGCAAAGUUAAUGGUUGAAUUAUCUCGAAGUCAGGAUUAUGAAAUUGGUGAUGGAACAACUGGAGUAGUUGUGAUGGCUGGUGCACUACUGGAACAGGCUGAGCGGCUGUUAGAGCGUGGCAUUCAUCCUAUCCGAAUUGCAGAGGGCUAUGAAAUGGCUUCCAGGAUAGCUGUUGAGCAUUUGGAGCGUAUAGCUCAUAAGUUUGAGUUUAGUGCAACUAACUUGGAGCCAUUGAUUGGACCUUGCAUGACAACUUUAUCAUCCAAGAUUGUGAAUAGAUGCAAGAGCAGUUUGGCUGAGAUUGCUGUUAAAGCAGUUAUGGCGGUUGCAGAUUUAGAGAGGAAGGAUGUUCACUUGGACCUUAUUAAAGUGGAGGGGAAAGUAGGUGGGAAAUUGGAGGAUACGGAACUAAUAUAUGGAAUUGUUGUUGACAAGGAUAUGAGCCACCCACAGAUGCCAAAGCAAAUCGAGGAUGCAAAAAUUGCAAUAUUGACUUGCGCAUUUGAACCACCUAAGCCAAAGACCAAGCAUAAGGUUGAUAUUGAUACAGUGGAAAAGUUCCAGACUUUACGUCACCAAGAGAAGAAGUACUUUGAUGAUAUGGUUCAAAAAUGCAAGGAUGUUGGUGCUACUUUGGUCAUCUGCCAAUGGGGUUUUGAUGAUGAAGCAAAUCACUUGUUAAUGCAUAGGAACUUGCCUGCUGUAAGAUGGGUUGGUGGUGUAGAAUUAGAGCUGAUAGCUAUAGCCACAGGUGGGAGGAUUGUGCCAAGAUUCCAAGAGUUGACCCCUGAAAAGCUAGGCAAGGCUGGUUUGGUGCGGGAAAAAUCAUUUGGCACCACAAAAGAUCGAAUGAUUUAUAUAGAGCAUUGUGCAAACUCAAGGGCUGUAACCAUAUUCAUUCGUGGUGGUAACAAGAUGAUGAUUGAGGAGACAAAGCGAAGCAUCCAUGAUGCAUUAUGUGUGGCUAGGAAUCUCAUUCGCAACAAUUCUAUUGUGUAUGGUGGUGGCUCGGCUGAAAUUUCUUGCUCACUUGCUGUAGAGGCAGCGGCUGAUAGAUAUCCAGGAGUUGAACAGUAUGCCAUUAGGGCUUUUGCAGAUGCUUUGGAUUCUAUCCCUAUGGCACUUGCAGAGAAUAGUGGCCUCCAGCCCAUUGAAACACUGUCUGCAGUGAAAUCUCAGCAAGUGAAGGAGAACAAUCCUUGCUGUGGUAUAGACUGCAAUGAUGUUGGCACAAAUGACAUGCGUGAGCAAAAUGUCUUCGAGACUUUAAUCGGGAAGCAGCAGCAGAUGUUACUCGCAACACAAGUUGUCAAGAUGAUCCUAAAGAUUGACGAUGUGAUCAGCCCCGCUGAUUACUGAUUAUAUUGGGUGCCAUGCAUGCUUUUAAUAUCAAGUUGUCGUUUGCCUGAAAUGGUGACAUCCACGCUUAUAUUAUUUAGGUGAAAUGGUGACCUUUUGAGUGAUUCUACAUAAUGUUUUGGUACAUUGUUAUUUGUCAUUUGAACAUUUAAGUGGUGGUUAUGCAUUUUGCCUUGGUGGUUGUCAUAA